UAGAGUUCACUAUGCAUGUUGGUUAUCAGGAUCUGUUUGGGUUAUCACUGGUCCCUAUCAAUAGAUAACACACUACACCUCUACCCCGUCUACUCGUAUCUGUCCACAUACCCAGUCAACCAGGGACCGGCCACCAGAAACAUUUACCGUGCAUUACCCAGGAGAAGACCAUCCACCAUGGAAGGUUAUUGUCCAGCGUGCUACAGGGAAUACAUCACAUCCCGAGAGGCCAUUGUUAUUGGUUGUGGCCAUGCCUUCUGCAGGGACUGCCUCAUCAAACUCCGGCAGUCAGGUCAUGGCAAGUGUCCGUUCUGCCACACACUGCCAACACUGCUACGAGCACCCAGCCCAGCAGGCAGUGUGACCAGCAUGAGGAUGGAUGAUGGAGUCAGUGUACGUAGAUCCUCUGCUACAAACAGACCAUGGCAGAAUGAAAUCCCAAUAUCAACUAGUGAACAAAUAGUGAACACAGCACAGCGAGUCACCCCAUCAACACAGCCUUUCACUAGCCAACGGAAAUUAUCAGUCCCUAACCUGUCUACCACUAGCCAGCCACUCUAUAAUGGUGGAGUACAGGGUGCAGGUAGCCUGAGAAAGACUCAAGAGAAUGGCUCCAGAGAAUGCGUCCACGGUGACCAGAUUGACUCACAACUCAGAAACAUGAGUCACAAGUUGAGGGAGAGAAGCAUAGACAGAAGAGACAGAGAGACUAAGGAUACAAAAGUUAACGAAUUAAAAAGGAGAUUUGAACAGCUGUCUUACAACCCACCCAAACAACUGCUAGAGAGUAAGGAGCGGCUGGACAGUGUCAGUAAGAGGGGAGGCUUACACGUGCCCCAGGUGGGUGAGAGACCAGCUACCAGCACUCACAGCCACUGGUCUAGAAACUCAGUGAAUGAAGAACCUAAUAUAGAACUGGUGGAGAAGCCAAGGUCAAAUUCCUCCUCCAGACGACAGCACGUGAGCCAGGGAGAUCCUUGCACAAUCAAGACAGAUCACAGGGCGAGCUCAUCCCUGAAGCGACAAAGUUCAAGGGACCGGAUCUAUGGCAGUCAUGGAGAACUGUCUAAAGUCCACACUCUUGAGACUCGGAGAUCUUGUGAAAAUCUAUAUAGCAAUAACGUUAAGUCAAACAGGAACAGAACAGACAACAAGACGACCCCUUCCCUAAAACAAUUAAACUCGGGAGAACGGAUCUUUAGUAGUACCGGUGACCUGUCCAAAAUACGAGCCCUCGAGAAGCGAAGUUCACGUCAGGAGCUGUACGGCAGCAGAGAAGAUUUAUACAGGACCAAAACCGACGUGAAGACAACUAACUCUCUUAAAAGGUUUGGCUCAAGGGAACAACUCCUCGAUGGCAAUGAAAGAGUACCCAAAGGUCACUGUGUGGAAACGGCGGGCUUCAUUGCACGACUAAGCUCUCACCCUCAACUGCAUGGUAGCAGGGAAGAGCUGUACAGGACCGCAGGUAGUAAGCCCUCAACAGCCGUCACCGCCCACGACAACAACAAGGCACAACUGUUCCGACUGAAAAGUCAUGACCAGUUAACCCUGGCAGCUGAUCAGCAGGAGGGGAGGCCGGACACUGUGGCCGCCGGAGUAUAUGCAGCACGGCCCGUGUCUAUUGUGGAAGGUCACUCUCACCAGCCUCACUACCUUGAUGAUGCUGAUCGGGGGACACAAGAUAUGCUGACCACACUACAUAAACAACGAGAAGACAGUUAUGCUACCAUCAUAAGCCUCAAGGACAAACUCAGUCAAGAAUCAAAAGCUAAGAACGACCUUGAGCUGAAGGUCCUCAACAUUCAGGAAAACAUCACUGAACUGCAGAGUCUCUUAGAGCACCACAAGGAGGAUAAACUGAAGUGGAAGAAAGAUAGGAUGGAGAUGGUGGAACACAUCUCCUCACAGAACUUAGAGAUAAACAGCAUGAAACAAGAGAUUACCCAGUUAAAACACCAGUUGUCUUCAGCGGAUAUGGAGGAAACACUGAAGCAGCAGGUGAAGGAGUUAAGGUCUAAGCUGAGGCAGGAGCAACAUACCUGGACCAAAGAGAGAGUUAACAAGGACCAGGAGAUAAAUUCUCUCAAGUUGAAGGUGAAGGAUUUGACCAACAGACUCCAGCAGUAUAAGGAAAAGGUGACACAGAAGUCAUCGUCUGAAGGUCUCAUGGCAGAGAGGGAACGAGAGAUCUCCUCCCUGAAGUUGCUACUGGAGGAGAAGGAGGAGAAAAUAAUGCAGUACAAGUCAGCAUCUCUUGCUGCUGUGAGUGAGGUGCCUGUUGGUCUACCUAACCUGGGCAACACCUGCUACAUCAACUCUGUCAUCCAGUGUCUCUUCAACAUACAAACCUUCAGCCUCUACUUCACCAGUGAACAAUACAAGAAGGACCUCAACACAGAAAGUGAUCAGAAGGGGCAGGUUGCCCUAGCCUUGGCUCAGGUGUUCAGUGCCCUGGUGUCUGGUAUUGAUACCAAACUUGUCAUGACAGAUUUCAAGAAAGCGUUGGAGACACACGAUGAGAUCUUCCAGGGGAAUGAUCAGCAUGAAGCCCACGACCUUCUCUCCUCCCUCUUGUUGUGGCUCCACAAUGACCUGGCCAAGAAGGACAACAACCUUCACAACAGCCUGGAGACCUCCACAGUGUCCACACUCUUCCAGGGAGUCAAAGAAUCUGCAAUAUUUUGUCGAGUGAAGAACAAGCUCGUCAUCUUGACCGAGGAGAGCUUUGACAGCUUGAGCUUGUCUGUCUCAAGCACUGGUCAUUGUUCCCUGCAGGAGGUGAUGACGAACCACAUGAGGCCACAGGAGAUAGACUGGGAGUGUCAGCACUGUCGAGGCAUACACAGGUGUGUCCAGUACGCCUCCUUCAUCAAGCUCCCUCCCAUUCUUGCUCUACACUUCUCCAGGUACAACAAACACAGCAGCUUGAAGAACACCCAAAAGACCAGGGUGGUGUUUCCAGCUGACCAUUUUUCCCUCCAGGAACAUGUCGUAGACGGUGGAUAUUCCCCCGCCUACCAACUUCAGAGUGUUUGUAGCCACCACGGGAUGAUGAGCUACGGGCACUACACAGCCUCAUGCAGGGGCAGGGAGGCCAGCAGCAGCAGGUGGUGGGUGAUGGACGACAUGGAGGUGACAGCCACCAAGGUGGAAGGUGUCCUGACACAGAGGGAUGCACACAUUGUGUUUUAUGAGGCUGUUCAGGACUCAUAUGUGUAGCCAUCUGGUCAUGGAGUCGGACCCUCAAACAUCCGUACAGUAUUCUUUCCCCAUAAAUGAUGAUGUGAGAAUAAUCCAACUGACUGUUGAGUGAGUUAGAUGUCUUCUUGUCUCCAAAAUCAUUAGACAAUUUGAUGUUGAGUCUUUUGACAAUAUAUCUCUUUACUUUAUCCUCUUCACCACUGGCUUAAGGACAACUUCAGAGAGCAGCAACUUUACAAAGUUACACUCAUAACUUUCAGGCCUGAUAUUAACCCCUUGUGUAUGGUGCCCUCUUUGUGUUGAAUAAAAACAUCUGGCAUUAGCCAAAUAGAAUAUUAAAAGUGGUAUCCCCAGAGAGAAGGAGUUAAUAAAUGGCCUUAAAAGUCACAGUCACCUUUUCAAAAUUGUAUUUUUAUAAGUUAGAUUUAGCUCAUAGACAACAGCACUGUAUACUGUACUGUUGUCUUCAUUUGUGUGAGGUUUUACCAGAGGAUAAAUGGCUGCCAUUGAUGGUUCACCUUACUGUAUUUUAUUGUGCAAGUAAAUUGUUAGAUUCUGUACAUUUUGAACAAAUUAUUAGACUGUACGUAUAUGAACAACCUCACCAGAUUUGUCAAAUGUAAUUGAUCCUUGAGACAGGUUUCAGUGAUACUGUUGAUUUGUUUUCAUUAAACUUACUUUCUGAUGUU